UCUUUUCAGAGGCCUUGUUGUGUUGGUGUCGUCUGCUGUCGCCAAAACAGUGGAAAAGAAAGCCUUGAAGAAAGUAAUAAAACCCCGGGCCUAGCACAUGAGUUUUCAAUGGCAACCACAUCUGCUCCCAUUUCCCAUCAUCCAUCCAGAAUCUACUAACCAUGCAGCAGGGCAGUUUUUUGGGUGAGUCCCUCCCUGCCAUGACAGCUGACCACAAGGUCACCAACCCCCUCUCCUUCUGCAGUUGAUGGAUCUGCAGCAGGUCCAGAGAUGACAGACAGCGUCAGGACCUUCCUCCGCAAUGUUGCGACGGGAAUCAAGGACUCAAUUUUGGGGAUUGGCACAAUCUCCAAGCUGGAUGCUCGAAUCCGGCAGAAAAGGGAAGAUCAGCGGAGGAGACGUGCAGGAGGAGCUCUGGCACAGAGGAGGGCACAGAGUGAGGAGCGCAAACCUGACAAUGAACCCAAAGUAGCCACCAGGAUUUGUCAGUGCUGUGCCUGGAAUGGAGGAGUGUUCUGGCUCAGUCUGUUUCUCUUCUAUCGGGGGUUUAUCCCACUGCUGCAGAGUCUUACAGCAAAAAUCAUCGGUGACCCCUCCCUCCAUGGCACUGUGUGGUCCUGGUUAGAGUUCAUCCUGACGUCUGUCUUCAGUGCUCUCUGGGUCCUCCCUCUGUUCGUCCUCAGCAAGAUAGUCAACGCCAUCUGGUUCCAGGAUAUUGCUGAUUUGGCGUUUGAGGUGUCCGUCUGUAAAGCGCAGCCGUUCCCCAGCAUCAGUAAGAUCAUCGCAGAUAUGAUCUUCAACCUGCUGCUCCAGGCACUCUUCCUCAUUCAGGGUAUGAUUGUUAGCCUCUUCCCCAUCGAUGCCAUUGGACAGAUGGUUAGCCUCCUGCACAUGUCUCUGCUCUACUCACUCUACUGCUUUGAGUAUCGUUGGUUCAACCACGGUAUUGAGAUGCAUCAGCGACUGUCCAAUAUUGAGAGGAACUGGCCCUAUUAUUUCGGUUUUGGUUUGCCCAUGGCUCUGCUGACCGCCAUGCCCUCCUCAUACAUCAUCAGCGGCUGCUUGUUUUCCAUCCUUUUCCCGCUCUUCAUCAUCAGUGCUAAUGAAGCCAAGAUGCCAACAAAGCCAUACCACUUCCAGCUGCGCCUCUUCUCCCUGGUUGUGUUGAUCAGCAACAAGGUCUUUCACAAGACUGUCCACCUGCAGUCAUCGCUCACGCCAUCCACUUCCUCAGAGCGGCUGUCAUCUCCUCACACGUCCCCGAGCCGCCACAGACCGCCCCCCACCCAGUGAUGGAUCCAGACAGGACGCUGCAAAAACAAGUGUUUCCUUUAGAAGGAGUGAUGAAGAAAACGUGCGGUUUAAGAGCUGGAGUUUGCAGGACUCUGUUUUUUGUUUUUAAUCGACAGCUCCGCGGUUAUUCAUUUGCAGCGCCCAUCAGUGUGACACAAAAAUGAGCUAGUCUGUGCCUCACACUCUUAAAAACAACAAAAACAUAUGGAGUUUGACUGUUCUUACAUGAGUUUUCUUUAUUUAAUUUUUUAUGUGCCAUUUCAGUGACUCUCCUUUUAAUAAAUGACUACGUGGAAUCAUGCAGCGUUUUCAUGUCUUAAACAGUGUUGAUGUGAUGAAAAGGAGUGCUGAGAAGCACAAAACUGUACAUGUCGCACCGCACCAAAGGAAGAGCUGCUUUCUCUCUGUGUGAAUUUAAUAACGGACGGAUGAGCUGAAACUGCCAAACCGCCGCAUUGACGUUUUAGGUCACUUCAAUGACACAGCGCUGCUGCAGGAGUCUGAGACAGAAACUCGUGUCUCGCCACGUUCAUGUUCAGCCUUGACCUGCUUCCUGUUUUCUGAAGAGUUGAAGCAAGGAUGAGUGGUCCAUGCAGGUGAUGGGCCGUGUGUGUGUGUGUGUGUGUGUGUGUGUGUGUGUGUGUGUGUGUGUGUGUGUGUGUGUGUGUGUGUGUGUGUGUGUGUGUGUGUGUGUGUGUGUGUGUGUGUGUGUGUGUGUGUGUGUGUGUGUGUUAAAUAACAUUGCGUACUGAAUAUUGACUGAAGCCUGAUCAUCUCAUGGUGACCCCGUCACCGUGGCAAUGUUUCUGAAACUGCAGCCUAAUUAUCGCAAGAAAAAGCCUGUAAUGUUUGUGAGGUUUUGUAAAAGUAAUUCAUAGAAUUUCAAUAAAAGUCAAUAAUA